AUCUCUCUCUCUCUCAGCGCUCGGCACAACAACAAACUAUACAUGGCCAUCGUCGCGCUCUCCGUUCUUCGAAUAGAACUAUCUGGAAAACGCGCACUCCCGUCGUGCACCCGAGGAAGCGUUAGCCCCAAGGACACGAGCUGCUGUCAACACACGUUUUCUCGAAAGCAAGACAGUCUGGCGACGUAAGCAAAUCCGGGCCGGGUUAGUGCAUCAUGGCAAGCUUGAUCAGGAGCCUGAAGUUUUCCCUGAUCAGGACCGGAUUUCAAGUACGGCGUGCCGUACCCAAUUUCCAUUCGGGUUAUAUAUAUAUAUAUAUCUCCACAAGUCACACUCCGUUUUGAACUCAUCUUUUGAGCUCUUAUAUGCAAGGAUAUAAGAACAUAUUUGGAAGGUUUUGACUACCUAGAAGGCAGCGACAAAUGCCCAGUACGUCCGAAAUUGCUCUGUUUUUUGGUAUAACGAAUUGUACAAGCUACACCUUAAGCAUACACAUUCACAAAGUUAGGCCGCUAUCGCAAACAGGCGAUAAUAAGUAGAACUCAUGCGCACGAACCUUAAAAAAGCAUAUAUACAGACGGAACAGUCAGACAGCGCCACCGUCAGCAGUCGUGCUCUUCCUGCCUUUUACGCAAUAAGCACUAGAGACGAGUCGAAGAUCUUUCUCCUGUUUCCGUCUUUUCACCAGGAGUCAAGUCGGACCAUCGCCUAGAAGAUGUUGCGCAUCGUCGCGGGACACGCGAGUUCGAGCCUUCGUCAGGCCAUCGUACCAAGGGCGACGAUCGCCGGUGUCCAGGCUCGUGCCAGCCAUGGCAACACCGAAACCGACGAGGAGUUCGACGCGAGGUACGAGAAGUUCUUCAACCGACCCGACAUCGAUCACUGGGAAAUCCGCAAGGCCAUGAACGACCUUGCUGGUAUGGAUCUUGUUCCUGAGCCAAAAAUCAUCUGCGCUGCUCUCCGUGCAUGCAGGAGGUUAAACGACUACUCGCUCACUACCAGAUUCUUGGAAUCCGUGAAAGACAAGUGUGGCUCCGAAGUUGACAAGAUCUAUCCUUACAUUCUCCAGGAGAUCAGACCUACUCUGGAUGAACUGGGUAUCAGCACACCAGAAGAGCUCGGUUAUGAUAAACCAGAAUUAUGGUUGGAAGACCCAGAAAACAUUCAUUAAGUAAAGUUCCUUUCGUCGCUUUCAUCAAGAAACAACUGGAACAAGCUUCCAUUUUUCUUUCUUUACACCAAAAAUAACCAAAGCUUAAAGGCGACACAUAGACGACAUAUUUACAAAUUACAUUACAUAGUACACAGCGAUAGAAGUAUUAUACACAUAUCUCUAGCGCGAGCUCAAACAUACUUUUACAACUUGCAGAUGUUUCAUUUACAAUAAGUGUCAAUUUGUGUCAAUUCAACUAUCUGUAAACACAAUGCAAUAAAAAUCUUUUUUGAAAAUUUC